CAAAAGCCGAUUCACGGCAGCUGGCAACGUCGCGCCUGUCUGGUCUCUUGAACACAGAGCAUCGGAAUUCGUAAUAAGAGUCAAAACAAGUUCCAAGUUAUUAUGAUCCUCCGCUGCUUACAUUUCUAACAUUUGAUAAGCUGUUCCUGUUUACUGUGAUAGGAACUUUAGUGGGCUCUUUCUUUUUGUGGGGUAUUGUUAACAGAAGGUGAUAUGAACUAGAGUCCUGUGUGAACUUGCAUGCACCGUGUACGUAAACAAAAGCAGAGGUGUGUUUAAUUUUGUGACACCAGAGUUAGAGUUUGUGACUUUUUUUAAUCUCUGAGGGACAAUCGCACCUUGCCGGACUAAGUUCAAGUGACGACUAAUUUGAUAAAAUACUCCCUGUGUUGCUGUAAUCUCCAAAUAGAAAUGCAAUGAGGGGUCACGGUGAUGGAUCAACGGAGAGAUGAUGUGACUCUAUUAGGGGAUUCGGUGCAGUAUGGUUUGAAACAUAUGUUACCUGAAUGCUUUGUAAGUGUCAAACUUGAAACAUACGAGGAAGCUUCUAGCAGUGAUAUUCAUCAAUAUCCAGCUACUCAUAGCGCUAUUGCCUCCGAAGAUACACCUCCGACUGGUUUUGUGACUGCUCCUGUCACUUGUAAAGAUCAGUCUGCUGUCAAUGCUAGCUCCAGCUCCUCUAAACAACUUUGUACAGCAUCAUCUUCCCCACAACAAGUAAUUUAUCAGAUCCAGCUGGCGUCUCCCAUGAUGCAACAGACUCAGUCAGGCAGUCAAUCACAAUCUACUCAAGCAACACCACAAUCUUCUCAGAUUUCUCAUUCUUCUGAUGCUGAAGUGUCACAUGUAUCACAGGCUGCUGGUAGACCGCCACCACCAUCACAUUCUUUCCCACACUCUCAUUCACGUUCAACUGAUAUAGCCUGGCUGUCACAUUCAUAUGUUGACCAAGGCAGUCAACAUUUUCAUCCCCAUCAGCUGCCAUAUCUACCGAACGAUGCAUCACUUUUAACCGCAAUACCUCAGAGUGAAGAAGGGACUCGUAUUGUGAAACAAAACCAGGAAAAUCAAAGUGCAGCAUCAGCAGUUAGCUGUCGGACUGAUCCUCCAACAGUUUCAACUGUCUCAACUAGUGAAACUGGGGAUAACAAUGCUUUCAUCAGCUAUGUACUGAACCCUCAGCGAGGUGUGUCAACAGCAGGCAUAUUCCUUUUUGAUCCUUCUAGAGGACUUCAUCCUCCUAGUCCUCAUCAAAUCCAAGCUAGCAACAGUGAGGAUGGUGGAAGGAACAGCAGAUCUGUGGAUGAGGUUAUAAGAGAUAGCUCCUCAGAUUCUAGAAGCAUAUCUGAAUCUCCAAAACCUGGUGAAAAUCAUCUUGUGUCCCGUGGAUGUCAAACAGUACUCACAAUGUCUCAGAUUCAGGAUGGUCCACUAUUGCCGGACACUAAAAUCAUUAUAGCUGAUACUUCUACCUCUGAAGUACCUGAACCAGAGGAAACAAAGCACAGAGUCUUCACUGAUGCCGAUGGUGAGGAUAGUGAGGAGGCAUCAAGCAUGGAUUCGGGUCGUUUGGGCUCUAAUGGCUCAGAUUUUGGGGAACAAUCAGCCUUUGCACAUCAACAUCCUGUGGGUGACCGACAUGGUGGGGUUUCUACAGCAUCUGGGGCUCGGGGGGGUUCAUCCCAGCAUGACAGUGAUACAUCUACAAGCCGCAGGAAUAAUUCCAAUGAAAUUUUAAGCGGUUCUUCUGACUUUCCUUUUUUGGAAAGUGACAGACCAUAUCGCUGUGAUAUUUGCGGAAGGACAUACUCUUCGCAACAGGCUCUUGUAAAUCAUGACCGAUACCAUCGAGGUGAAAGGCCUUAUGAAUGUGAAACAUGUCACAAAGCAUUUGCUACCAACUCACACCUGGUAACGCAUCGACGCACUCAUACAGGAGAACGCCCUUUUCAAUGUCAAUUAUGUCAGCGAUGCUUUGCUGAUAGAUCUGCUUUUGUGAAGCAUGAACGUACUCAUGGUCCCAAUGGGGCUAUUAUUAAGCGCUACAAAUGUGAUGAAUGCGGUAGUGGCUUUGUUGAUUCCUGUGGUUUGAAAAAGCACAUUCGCAUACAUACUGGUGAGAGACCAUAUGUUUGCAAUGUGUGUGAAAAAACUUUUUCAACAAGCUCAACUUUUGUUGCUCAUAAAAGAAUUCAUACAGGAGAAAGGCCUUACAAGUGUGAGUCCUGUGAUAAAAUGUUCAUAACAAAGUCUCAUUUACUUACACACCGAAGAACCCAUACUGGAGAGAAACCUUUUACCUGUACUGUUUGUAAUCGCUGUUUUGCUGAUGGCUCAAGUUUCCGACGGCAUGAGCGAUUACAUACUGGGGAAAAUCGUUACACUUGUAUGCAGUGUGGCAGAGGUUUCCCAUUGGAAUCAUCACUAGAAAAGCAUAAACAGACUCAUGUUCCAACAAGCACGUUUUCAUCAUAUAUGUAUGAAAACCGUAAUGACCUGAACUGCUUGAGCACUCAAAGCUGUGAUGUUCAGAACAGUCGAUCAACAAGAAUUACUGCUUCACAAGCUAGGGAAACCUCUGACCGUAAUUGUGUUGACUUAUCACGUGAAAUCACUGGAGAUGUCCAAGUUACUAGAAAUAAUCUUUGUGCUGUUGCAUCUCGAGAAAUUGAUUGUGACAAUCAAAGUGGUCACACUGCAAUCAUGGUCACUGCCAGAGAAAUAGCGUAGUCAUCUUGUCAGUAUUUUAAAUACUGUGAGCAAGAUAGAAGACAAUUAUACUGUUCAGAAGAGACGUCCCUUUCUGUGGUUAUUUGCUCUUUUGGUUGUCACUGAAUAUUCUACAAAAGUUAUAGACUAUUCAGCUGUUUAGUUUGCCAUUUGCUAUAUUGUUGUGAUUAAAUUUUAAAUAUGUAACUUACUAGUGAGUUUCUAAAGUUUUUCUUUCAAUAGAGCGUUUUUAUCAUGUGCUGCAGCCCAUGAACCAUUACCAUUACCUUUGUAAAAAUGAACAUUCUUAUGUUUUUAUAUUUAUAGCUGAAGUAGGACAUUCUGGAGGUGACUACCCUUACCUUCCAAUCCUGGACUAUGAAUUAGGCUAUCAGAAAUAUUGCUGACAUUUUCUUAUACCUUUAACUGUAAAUACACAUGAUAAGACUUUAAA